CAUGCGCCUCGUGAACCGCCAUGUUGUGUCCUUAAAAAAAAUCUGGGUGACGGGGAGCGGAGGAGCCGAGGGUGAGGAAUAAUAAUUUUAAAAGAACAAGCGACAGCUCAGAUUAGAUGCGGCUUGGAGAUUCCAGGGCGAUCGAGCAAGCCGAUAGCUACUCCCCUUCCUCGGUGAAAAGAUCGAGGGAAAAGCGACGAAAAACAUGACACACAACACUAUAAGAAGUGAUGUUAAACUGAGGUCCCAUCUACUCUCUCCUGGUGGAUGUAAAAGCUCCCUUGGCACUCCUCAAAGAAGAGCAGGUUGCUCUAAGGAACUCUUCAAAGCUACUUUGCUUCUGCUGAAGUUCUGGCUACAGCUGAGACAUCAGGUGGUGUGCCUUUUAAUAUACGGGGGCAUUUGUUGCAAGAAAACCUGUUUCUUGACUCUGGAAGGAUCUGGUUCUUGACUCUGGAAGGCCCUUUUAACACAAAGAUUGUGCUAUUGAGGGGGUGAAACUGAUAUAAAAUCAGCAACAUGUCCAUCACCAAUACCCCAACCAGUAAUGAUGCAUGCCUGAGCAUUGUGCAUAGCUUGAUGUGUCAUCGACAAGGUGGAGAAAGUGAAACUUUUGCUAAAAGAGCUAUUGAAAGCUUGGUGAAAAAGCUGAAAGAGAAAAAGGACGAGCUUGAUUCAUUAAUCACAGCUAUAACAACAAAUGGAGCUCACCCCAGCAAGUGUGUCACAAUACAGAGAACACUAGAUGGUAGACUGCAGGUGGCUGGUCGUAAAGGUUUUCCACAUGUGAUUUACGCUAGGCUCUGGAGAUGGCCUGACCUUCAUAAAAAUGAACUGAAACAUGUAAAAUAUUGUCAGUAUGCAUUUGACUUGAAAUGUGACAGCGUCUGCGUGAAUCCUUAUCACUAUGAACGUGUGGUUUCACCUGGCAUUGAUCUGUCAGGAUUGACGCUGCAAAGUUCAGUUCCAGCUCCUUCAAAUCUUUUAGUUAAAGAUGAAUUUGUGAAUGAAUACGGGCAAGUUGAAGGACAGCAGUCUCUGUUGAACACUGAAGGACAUUCUUUGCAGACAAUCCAACAUCCGCCUAGCACCAGGCAACCAACUGAAACUUACAGUGGACCAGCCUUGUUAACACCAGCAGAGCCCAGUACUCCCAGCACUACCAAUUUUCCCAACAUUCCCGUUGCCACCACAAGUCAGCCAAGCAACAUGUUGCCGGUGAACCACAAUGAUGGAUUAAUACAGAUUGCCUCGGGGCCUCAGCAAGCAACACAGCAGAAUGGCUUUCCGGCACAACCAGCAACCUACCAUCACAAUAGCACUACAACUUGGACUGGAAGCAGAACGGCAGCAUUUACCCCUAAUAUGCCUCACCACCAGAACGGACAUCUUCAGCACCACACCCCUAUACAUCAUGCUGGCCAUUACUGGGCAGUGCAUAAUGAACUUGCCUACCAGCCUCCUAUAUCCAAUCAUCCAGUUCCUGAAUACUGGUGUUCAAUCGCCUACUUCGAGAUGGAUGUGCAGGUCGGAGAAACGUUCAAAGUGCCAUCCAGCUGUCCUGUGGUUACUGUUGAUGGAUAUGUGGAUCCCUCUGGGGGUGACCGCUUUUGUUUGGGCCAACUGUCCAAUGUUCAUAGAACAGAAGCCAUUGAAAGAGCCAGGUUGCAUAUUGGAAAAGGUGUGCAGCUAGAAUGCAAAGGGGAAGGAGAUGUCUGGGUGCGAUGUUUGAGUGAUCAUGCAGUCUUUGUGCAGAGCUACUACUUGGAUCGAGAAGCUGGGCGUGCUCCUGGUGAUGCAGUUCACAAGAUUUAUCCAAGUGCAUAUAUUAAGGUAUUUGAUUUGCGUCAGUGUCACCGUCAGAUGCAACAACAGGCUGCUACUGCUCAGGCUGCAGCCGCUGCCCAAGCAGCAGCUGUUGCUGGAAACAUCCCUGGACCAGGUUCAGUGGGAGGCAUUGCCCCAGCUAUUAGUUUGUCUGCUGCAGCUGGAAUAGGAGUGGAUGACUUGCGCCGUCUAUGUAUUCUCAGGAUGAGUUUUGUUAAAGGCUGGGGACCUGAUUACCCAAGGCAAAGCAUCAAAGAGACCCCUUGCUGGAUUGAAAUUCACCUACAUCGUGCCCUUCAGCUGCUGGAUGAAGUACUUCACACCAUGCCAAUUGCAGAACCACAGCCCCUGGACUGAGUUGCUCUACAAUAGUCAUUGUCUUGCUUGGGUGGGGUGGGGAGAAGACUAGAGUUCAACCUUGUUAAUAAACUGAUGUAUUUUACUUUUGUUCAGCAUAUUCUUUCAGAACAAAAACUUUUUUGGUAGGUAUGCAAAAAAAAAUCAAACAGCAAAACUACUGUUUAUUUUCUCUUGACAAACCUCAGUAUUCAAGCUUGUGUCUUUGUUUCCUACUUUGAUACUCCACCAGUAUGAUUCACAGCCUGUAUGACUUAUUACAGACUGUAUUAACUACCAAUAAUGGUUAUCCUACAUUCAAAUGCUGUGAAAAAUGCUUGAUUUGGUGCUGCAAAAGGCUAUUCAGUUCAUUUGGUUAGCCACUCUUCUCCAAGCCCAAAACUGAACUGGGAGGAUGGGGCAAAAUGUGGGAACAAUGAGAGUAUCAUUGUUUGAGUUCUGAUAGUUUUGCUGAUAGUACAUUGAAACCUUAAUAACUAAUACCUCCAUGCCAGAAAAGGCAGUACUAAGUGGGGGAGGGUAAUUAUUUUGAAAAAAAUGUUUUCUGGUUUACAAUUUAGAAAUUUCCAGAGCAAUCAAAAACUGGUUGAGAAAACAGAUGGCGACCUGUUUUUGAAAAAAAACAUGCAUUACAGCAAAGUAGCCUCUUCAGCCACAUUUUACAGAUCCAGGCUUUCUUUAUUUGAAAGAACACCUGAUUUGCACUUUAUUCAAAAAAAACUUUCUUUUUUAUACUGCACCCUUAAGAGAGAGCUCCUCUAUAGAGGGAUGUUUGUAUUGUACAGUUAGUUCAUCACCUUCAAUAAUGUAGUUUGCUUCUUUAUUUUUUUCUUUCAAUCUCUUUCUUAUGUUUCUUUGCAUGUGGGUCUGGCCAUUGUUUAACAUUGGCUGCUUUGGCCAAAGUUUUCAAAUUACGCACAGCUUAUGACCAGAGACAGGAGGUUUAAGAAAUGCUUGUUUCUGAUCUGAGAGAAAAACUUAAAAAGCUGUAUAUUUUUUUACAGAAAUCAAGAUCUUGUUAGUAACACUAAAAAAGUGGAACUUUUUUUUCUGUGCUAUUCAGAUGCAUCUGAUGCUGAAAUGCCUGUGUUCGUUCUUCUUUGUUUCGAUUUCCCCUCCCCCCCAAACACCCCCUAAUUCCAUGUAUACCAUGUUUGAGGUGAUAAGGCAUUCUUUGUUAUUGAUGUUCCCUGUAAGGAAUGCAUUUUUCAGCAUUAGAUGAUGAUGAAUUUUGUUAAGAUCAACAUCAAGGGCAUUCAUGUUUUGUAGCCAGAUCAAAUUUUGUUUUACCCUGUCUGUUUUUAACACAUUCUUAUACUGUAGAAAUGGAAGGUUGAACUUUCUUUUUAAAACAUCAUUCUGCAGUGUAUUUUUUGGCUUAUUUAAUAUAAUUGGUACCAAAAUGCUGCUUAUUUGACAUCAUCUGAAAUUACUUCCACCAUUAUUACCAGCAGUGUUAUAGAGUGCAAAUACUUUCACCAGGUGGAACCUAAAUUUGGAUGGUCAAAACCUGUAAUUGUACUGUUAAAUCUUUUCACAAUGCAGGUGGACAUCAUACAAAAGUUUCAUAUGCUUAUUAUUAUUCACUGAAAUCUAAAUUGGAGGAGAGGGAAGACGUACCCAAAACAGUGUGCCAGUGAACAUUUCAUGUUAUUAAAAUCCUAGUGGCAACAUUUGAGUAUUCAUUUAGGAGCAUUAUGUAUUUACUGCUCUUCAUUGCAUCUGCCAAUUGGUUUCUGUGAAAUACAUUGAUGUCACAAUUCCAGUCGAAACCAAAUGUAAAUUGAAGUGUAUCUUUUAUGAGCAAAUGUAAUUUUUACAGGAGUUAAAAAUGAAGAUGGGGAGCUACUAAUUUAGGUUAUUUUUAAUUAUUUGAAUAACAAAACCAAUUACUAUGCCUUUGAAAUGCUUCUCAGCCAAAUGGAAGGUCUGUAUUGUUGGAAAUGUGACCACCUAGGAAUGUAAUGAAUCAUAAGACCAGUACAAGUUUUUCUUUUAACACUCUAAUUAUUUUGAAUCUGGAUUGACUUCUGCUUUCUGGUUAGUAGCUGUUGUUUAAGUUGCAAGUGACAUGCUAUUGUAAAGUUUUUAAGACAGUUUGCUAAAGGGGUGGGGAAAUUGCCAAUCUCAGCUUUUAUUUCUCCCUUUUGCUGUGUGUGGAUGUGUGCACAUUUUGCAAAUCUUUAUACUAUGCUUCGGCACCAUUUGUAGAGACUACUAGGAACCAAGUAUUAUUAGGAUAGUUAAGAACAGAAAAAAAGUAUACGAUAAAAAUCUGAAAUGCCUACCUAGAAAUAGUUAAGACGGCCCUUUUUCUUACAUUAGAGUUGCAUUGGAUUAUGCUAUUUAUUAAAACUAAUGUGUAAGAGAUCAUUCAUUGACAUUGCAGGGGUUAGGAUGAAAUUAUAGUUAACGGCUCAAAGUAACUGAGUGCCUGUCUUGUGCAAUUAAGAGAUAUUUUAAUUCUUUGAAUUGGGCGCAAAAAAAUUCUGAUGAAAUCCUGCAUUUUGCAUGGUUGAUGUUUUUAAAAAAAAAUUUUCCUCAGUCUACAUUUAAAUUUUAGGGAUACUUUUCAUUUUGAAAUUUAGAAACACCCAACGUUAAAACCUAAUUUAAAAAAUAAACUUCCAAUUCCCCCAUCAUGGUCCAAGUCAGUUUUUACUCGAGUCCUUUCAGAUUUUUAGGUCCUUAUUUAGUUCGCUAUGACUAAGAGAACUGAUAGAAAAUGGACAUCAUAAACCUUUUGAGUUACAAUAUAAAAUAGGCUUGGAAGGGACUACAGACCUAAAUCUAAACAAGGGGAAAAAUAGCAUCUGCAGUGUUAUUCCUUUGUAGUAAAAGAUUGAAUUGAGCAGAAGGACUGUAAGCUGACUGAGAAUUUUGCAUUAACAUUGAGACACAUUGUGAAUCAGGCAUUCUGACGUCUGUUGUUUUGAGCCCCUGUUGGUUUGAUGAUUGGAAUGGCAUUGACUGCACAAGGUAGCAAUGGAAAUCUGUCUGGAAUAGAACAACUUUGACAAAAUGUCACCAGAUAUUCUGAAUGGAACAAAUAAUGUAUGCAUUUUAUCUUUUAAGCAACUAGUAUAAAUAAAAUGUUUGCAAAGUA